UGCUAAUGCAAUUUUACUGUAGUCCCGCGUACGUCUGUAGGUUGCAUUAUCAGUUUUUGCAAGCCUGUGUAACUGAUCCUUGUUAAAAUUCGACCUACACUGACUUAGAUAUGGCUAACCAGCAAAAUAUCGCUGUCCGUGGAGUUGGAAGGAGACACAAAUGGGCUAUUGACUUCACUUCAAGGCCAAGAAGUGAGAGGCAACUGCAAGCCAUUGCAGAUCAUCCUUCCCCGAUUGGCUACACUGAGCGUUCACUCCCAGACCUAUCGAUGCAUGAUACAGAUCAUGCUCUCGUUGUUAAGAAAUGUUGGGACAUAGCACUAGCACCCAUGAAGCAACUGCCAAUGAACCUGUUCUUGAUGUACAUGGCAGGCAGCUCUAUCUCAAUGUUCCCUAUCAUGAUGGUAGGCAUGAUGCUCUGGCGACCGAUCCAGGCUCUCAUGGCUAUCAAGACAACAUACAAGAUGCUGGAAGGAAGUCCUCAAGCACUCAUCCAAAAAGUGGUAUAUUUUAUAGCAAACUUGCUCGGUAUAGCCUUAGCUCUUUACAAGUGUUCCUCUAUGGGUCUGCUACCGACACACUCAUCAGAUUGGCUGUCAUUCUUAGAACCUCAACAGAGAGUGGAGUAUUCUGGAGGUGGAAUGGUUUUGUGAUAAGGCCAGCAUCAAGCCGUGAAUGCCUAAACAGUAACAAAGAGUUUGUAUUUGUAUGUCCUGUCGAU